AUGGCUCCGGAACGGGCAUAUGUCUCGUUGUUCCCCAACAGCAUCAUCGAUGUCGAUUUGUGGAAGCGGUUCUACAAUGAUGAGGAGAUCACGGCUGACGUUCCGCCUCCAGUAAAAGCGUCUGCAGACAUGGCUACCUCGACAGCAACAGGCUCCAAGUCUUCUGUCAGUCUUUCUGUUUCAGACCAAGAACAAGCUAUUACAUACCUGUUGGACCAAUCCAUUGAAAGCAUUUUACAUGAUAUGCUCCUUGACAUACACCAGGAAGAGAAGAUCGCUCGUAUGCAGACAGCAGUCGUCGAGGUCGAGCAGAAAGCGGAAAAACUAAGGAGUGCUCACGACGACAACAAUGCGGACGACAAACCUGUCGAGUCAAAUGCGGCCGUUCUCAAGUCUGGACAAGUGCAACUAAAAGGCAACCCGAUGAAAAAUGUCAAACAUAUCCGAUGUCCUAACUGUCGACUACGACGUCUCCUCUAUCCUCGGGUCGGCUUCAAUUCUCGGCCUGUGCCGGAUCCGGCGGAGCAGUAUUGUAAAAACGAACCAAUGAUUAUCAUGGAUAAGCAUGAUGUACACGGACAGCGCAAGAAAGGAGUCAAGGUGAAAGGACAGGCCAAGGGCAAGAACAAGAGAAAGAACGACCCAGCAUCACCUGCAUCCGAGAACUCAGAUCCCCUAACGCCCUCCUCAUCCAUACCUAAUGACUCUUUUGAAUUCAAAGAGAUCGACUAUCCUGCUGCCAAAUGUCCCAACCGGGAGUCUCACCUCGGCGACCACUGGAAGUCUGUGAACGUCUUUGCCACGCAUCUGAAUGGCAGCUGUUACCUCAAGAAAGAUCGCGCGGCCGGUCGAGAAGCAAACGCAAAGAUUGGCGGGACUCCUCGAGACAGCAGAGCGAGUUCGCCGAAAGCAGGAACCAACGGUAACAAGAGGAAGGCAGACGAUGAUACCCCAGGCGGCAACAAGAAGAAACAGAAGCUUGGAGAUGUUAAAAAGAAUGAAAAGAAAGGUGGCUCCGGCCCGAGCAGGUUGAAGGAGGUGAAUAAUGUGGAUGAUCAAGGCGAAGACAGUCCUCUGAAAGAAGUCAAUGGGGACACGAUCUCGGUGACGCCAACGAAGGCCGCGAGGGAUGCUAGCAUGGAGCCAACAUUGAAGCUCAAGCUAAAGACUGGGGCUACUGAUGGAAUUGCUCGCAAAAAGCCGGGCAAGACAGGAAAGAAGGCCUGA